AUGGAAGCUAAGUACCUACAAGAUUUCAAGAGGGGUGACCCUCAAACAUUUAAGGGGACAUCUGACGAUCCAACUGUGGCACAGAUGUGGUUGAGAUCCAUUGAGACGGCUUCCCGUGAUAUUAUUAGUCCUGAGGGAGGUGCAGUCUCGUGGGCGGAAUUCAAGAGUGCCUUUACUAAAGAGUAUUAUCCAGAGGACGUUCAGCUGCGAAAACAACAAGAGUUCACUCAAUUGAGUCAGAGGGGGCGUAGUGUUACUACUUAUGCUAGAGAAUUUUCUAAACUAAAGCGAUUUACCCCAGAGUUGGUGAACACGGACUACAGGACAGCAAGACGGUUUGUGCUGGGGUUAGACACAAAGAUUCGUAACACUGUUGAGGCAAUUGCACCUACCAUUUACGCUGCCGCCCUAAGAGUAGCUAAGUCUAUGGAAUUAUUUGAUAGUUCUCGUGGAACCCCUGCAUCGUCAGUGGGACAAAAGCGUCGUCACGAACAUGAAAACAAAUUAGAUGACAAGCCUAAGUGUAAUAAGUGUGGGAAAAAUCACUGGGGUCAAUGUUUAAGUCACAUAAGAGCCUGUUUUCGGUGUGGAAAGGAGGACCACAUGACCAAGGAUUGCUCGGGAGGUGGCACAUAG